GGCAGUGUGGGGCGGGAGCAGAACGCCUCCGGCGGCGGGUUGGGCCCCGUGUCAACAGCCGAGCGGGCGCUCCGGCGGGAUAUGGCGGGCUGUGUGGCCCGGCGGGCCCUGGCCGUGGGUAGCCGCUGGUGGUCCCGCUCGCUAACCGGGGUCCGGGGGCCGAGGCCGCUCUGUGCGUCGGGUGGAGCUGGGGCCUUCCCACCAGAGGCGACCACGACGACGCGGAGGCACCUCUCGUCCCGAAACCGACCAGAGGGCAAAGUUUUGGAGACGGUUGGUGUAUUUGAGGUGCCAAAACAGAACGGAAAAUAUGAGACCGGGCAGCUCUUCCUUCAUAGUGUUUUUGGCUACCGAGGUGUCGUCCUGUUUCCCUGGCAGGCCAGACUAUAUGACCGGGAUGUGGCUUCUGCAGCUCCAGAAAAAGCAGAGAAUCCUGCCGGCCAUGGUUCUAAGGAGGUGAAAGGCAAAACUCACACUUACUAUCAGGUGCUGAUUGAUGCCCGAGACUGUCCACAUAUAUCUCAGAGAUCUCAGACAGAAGCUGUGACUUUCUUGGCUAACCAUGAUGAUAGCCGGGCCCUCUAUGCCAUCCCAGGCCUGGACUAUGUCAGCCAUGAAGACAUCCUUCCCUAUACCUCCACUGAUCAGGUUCCCAUCCAGCAUGAGCUGUUUGAAAGAUUUCUUCUGUACGACCAGACAAAAGCACCCCCUUUUGUGGCCCGGGAGACACUCCGGGCCUGGCAAGAGAAGAAUCACCCCUGGCUGGAGCUCUCUGAUGUCCACCGGGAAACGACUGAGAACAUUCGUGUCACCGUCAUCCCUUUCUACAUGGGCAUGAGGGAAGCCCAGAAUUCCCAUGUCUACUGGUGGCGCUACUGUAUCCGCUUAGAGAACCUCGACAGUGACGUGGUGCAGCUCCGGGAGCGACACUGGAGGAUAUUCAGUUUAUCUGGCACCUUGGAGACAGUGCGAGGCCGAGGUGUGGUGGGAAGGGAACCCGUGUUAUCCAAGGAGCAGCCCGCAUUCCAGUAUAGCAGCCACGUCUCCCUGCAGGCUUCCAGCGGCCACAUGUGGGGCACGUUCCGCUUCGAGAGGCCUGAUGGUUCCCACUUUGAUGUCCGGAUCCCUCCCUUCUCCCUAGAAAGCAAUAAAGAUGAGAAGACACCACCCUCGGGCCUUCACUGGUAGGCCAGCUGAGGCUUGAGUGCCUAGGCUCGGCCCCUGAAGAACAGCUCUCAUCCCACAAUUGCUGCAGAACUCUCCACCAUGGGCCACAGUGGGUCUCUUUAUCGUUUGCGCCAUUUGAUUGUGGGGUUCUUUUUUGGUGGGUGGGUCUAAUCAUUUUCUCCAGAAGACCUGUGUAGGACUCCUCCAAGGCUGGCCUGCCCCGUAAGCCCUGGCUACACUGUGUUCCAGUAAACCUUUCCACCAGGACGUUUGUGUUCAGCUGCCACAGGCCUGGGGUUUCCUGGCCUGUCACACAAGUUGUUUGGAAUAUGAGGUUUGGUCAAUAAACCAGUGCACACCUGG